AUCGUAGGUCAGACUCAACUGAACGACUAACUUUACGACUUUCACAUUUAGAAGAAGUCCAUGCAGUGCCGCUUCUGCAAGUUUUCAUCACCUCACCAAGACCUAAUUUUCAAGCACUACAGAACUUGCCAUUGGUCAGUUAAUGCAACUUCCUUUCCAUGUUUACACCUAGAAUGUAUUUGCAUUUUCAAGACAAUUGGAGCUUUAAAAACACAUUUGUGGAGGGUACAUCCAAAGACUGGCAACAAGGGGAAUACCACAUUUUCUUGUGACAACUGUGAUUUUAGGGACAUCUGCUCUCAAUCAACAUUUCUUCACCAUUUAAGAGGACAUCUUAAAAACCACGAGAGGGUUCAUUGUCCAUUUUUAAAGUGUAAUUUUAUUAGCAACAGUUACCGUACAUUCACAGCUCAUAACAACAGGAAGCACAAAUCCCAUGGAUUAAAUGACUUCCGGAUAUCAGUUUGUCCUGAGAACAGGUGCAAUGAUGCGAGUCCAUCUUCUUCCUUAGGAUGUGCACCAAAUUUAGAUGAAGAAGUACAAGUGCAUUUAGACGAAGAAGUACAAGUGCAUACUACUGAUACUCCUGAUGAUAACCCUGCAGAAACUAAGCAAGCACUUGAACACAAACUUGCAGCCUUGUUUUUGUGUAUGCAAACACAACUACAUGUGUCCAAAAGGGCCUCUCAGCAUAUCAGCAAUGCUGUAACUGAUAUUCUAACUAUCUCCAAAUCAAAUACUUUGGCUGCAAUCAAAGACAUUCUGCAGUCCCAUAAUUGUGAUGUUGAUCAGUCAGUUUUUACUGAUAUUGCACAUGUUUUACAUGAAACUGACCCAUUUUUGACUGCUUGCUCUCACAACGGUAUUCUUUCAACUGAACAUAAACGAAACAGCUACUUUAAACAAAAAUUCCAAGUAACUGAACCAAUUGAAUAUGUGUUCAGCAGGGCAGACAAACAAACAUUUUUUUAUGUUCCCCUUCUGAAAGUCCUGCAGACAUUGCUUGAUCAACCGGAGGUAUUUGAAAAGACAUUUACCACCAAUGAAAGUGCCCACGGUUUUUACCAGUGUUGUUUUGAUGGAAAAUAUUUCAAAGAAAAUCGCCUUUUCAGUAGCCAGGAUUUUUCACUUGUACUUGGGUUGUACAUUGACGACUUUGAAGUUGUCAACCCCUUGGGCACAGCCCGCAAAAAAUAUAAACUAACUGCAGUUUAUUGGGUCAUCUUGAACUGGCCAUCCCAGAAUCAAUCAAGUCUCAAUUCAAUUCAGUUGGCACUGCUUGGGAAAAGUUCAGAAGUGAAUGCAAAUGGAUAUGAACCCUUUUUUGACCCUUUGAUAAAAGAUUUAAAGUGUCUUGAGCAGGAUGGCGUCUUUGUUCAAAAGCUUGGAAAUAACGUUAGGGGAACAGUGUUCACUGUUUCUGCAGAUAAUCUUGGAGCACAUGGACUUGCAGGGUUUCAAGAGAGUUUCAGGGUGGAGAAGUUCUGUCGAUUUUGUUUGGCAUCUUUAAACAACAUUCAAAACACAGAGGUGAGAGAAGGUAUUUUUCAGCUAAGAAGUCCAGAACAACAUGAUUGCUGCAUAACAGAGUUGAACAGCAGUGAGACUUUAUCAUCUGUGGAUGGUGUCAAAUCUGAAUGUGUUCUCCAGAAACAUCUUAAGUUCUUCCACACCAUUACUGGCUUCCCUCCGGAUCUAAUGCACGACCUUUUUGAGGGAAUAGUGCCUUUUGAGAUAAGUUUAUGUCUGAAGAAAUGGAUUGAUUCUAAAUAUUUUACUCUUGAAGAGCUAAACAACAAAAUCCAUUCAUUUCAAUACUGCUUUUCUGACCAGGUCAACAGACCUCAAAAAAUUGCAAAGACUUUUUCUUCAAAGAAAACAAUUGGAGGAAACGCUCACGAAAACUGGACCUUACUAAGACUGAUAUCUCUGAUGAUUGGUGAUUUGGUGCCUGAGAGUGACAAGACAUGGCAUCUCAUCAUGGAUUUGAAAGAUAUUGUCGAGCUUGUGGUAAGCCAAAAACUAACAGUGGAGGCUGUCUGGUAUCUGGAAAGCAAGAUUUCCUGCCAUCGUGAGUUGUUUAAAGAGGUCUUUCCUGAUGCAUACUUGCGUCCAAAACAUCACUUUCUUGAACACUAUCCUCACCUGAUCUGUUGCUUUGGUCCUCUAGUGGAUCUGUGGACAAUGCGCUUUGAGGCAAAGCACAGUUUUUUCAAGAAGGUUGUUCAUGAAACACAGAAUUUCAGAAACCUUCUCAAGACGUUAUCCAACAAGCAUCAACUCAUGAUGGCAUGCGCAAUUGACUCACAUAGCUUUUUUAAAGCACCUCUACAUGUUGAAAAUGUUAAGGUACUUAAAAUAUCCUCUCUUGAUGCAAGGCUGAGAUUGGCAGUUGAAAACAAGUAUGCAAACCAAACUUCCUUUUCUUUAACCACAAAGGCAACUGUACAUGGAACCCAGUACAGUCGAGGAAUGAUUCUGUGUAUUGGAAAUGAAAAUGGAUUUCCAGAGUUUGGUCAGAUUGAUCAUAUCCUAAUUUGUGGCACAGAGGUUGCAUUCAUUGUGCACAGACUUACCUCAUGGUACAUUGAACAUUUCCGGGCAUAUGAGAUAAAUCAAAGUACGCACUGUGAUGUUGCAAUUGUGACUCCACAAGAGCUUGUUGAUUUUUAUCCUCUGGCUGCUUACAAUGUUGGCGGAAGACGCAUGGUUGUACCAAAGAGAUUUUUACUUGGUUGAUUACUUGGUUGUUCUUAACUUACCAUUUUUGCUCAUACUAUCCCCUGUCCUCCAGGUUGCAAUGUUGCUGCGAGUCAUUCUUUCACCUGACAACGUUAGAAAAAUAUCUGUGCCUACCCCAUCCUCAGUAGAAGGACUUUGCACGUGUCUGUGUGAAAAAUUGCAAAUAGAGAAAGGCUUUACCAUUCAGUAUGAAGA